CGCCAAGAGUGCAAUGUUUCGAUUGCUGCGUCCAAUGUUUCGGUCAUGCCAUUGUAACCUCUAUAUCCAACAUGUUCAUCAUUUCGCGGCCCAGCUUGGGAUCAAAAAGAGAGGCUGCGCAGCUUGGCGCAGUUUCCUUAUGAUACGAUGACUGGGUGAAUGACGUGGUGACUCGCCAUGGGUCCAGCCUCUCAAAGGGGCAUUUGGCUGCCUAAUCUGCGCCGGCCCGAUGUGAGCGCGCGGCACAUGGCCAACUUGCUUGAUGCUAAGGCCCGCAACGCUUUGUCUGCAUGCCGCGGACUGCGAGUCUUAGGGAGCUCGUGGGUCUUUCUACUGUCCCUAGCACUCCUCAAUAGAUGCUUGCUCGGGAUGAGCAUCAAGGCAGUGGUGGAAAUGCUAAGAGCCCAUCGGGAUGGGAAUGUCGUGGCAUUCCUUAUUGGAGCUUUGAGCACAGUGCUCUUGCAGUCAUCAUCGCAAAGUCUUGAUAUUGCAGGGGAGAUGGUUUCAGAUCAGGUGGAAGUGCAAAGUGGCAUUCUCUUUGCAAUCGGCACGAGCGUUGGUGCCAGUGGCCUGCCGGUGUUGGUGGCCAUGAUGCCUGGCUGCCGCCUGCAUCUCACCAGAGCUGUGUGGGGCAUUGCUUCCUUUCAGUUUUUGAAGCUGAUGACCCUUGCAGCAUCUGGGCUGCUUCUGGUGCCGGCCGAGAUCCUAAGUCGAGGACAACUACUUGGCUUCACGAGUCAGAUGGUGCAAUCCAUGGCUUCCAUCAACUUUCACUAUGUGAAUCCAGCCACUUGGGUGGUGCAGCCCUUGUCAAAUCUCUUGGUGAGGAUCAAUGAUUGGCGCCUGAAGGCAUACAUUCUUGGGCCACCAGCCCAACACAUCCUUGAGGCUGGAGCUGCCGGGUGUCCGAGGGAUGGUGGCUGUGCCUACUCAUGCCUAUCAAAUCGGUUGCACGACGUAUGGCGCGCUGUUGAUGCAACGUUCUACGACUUGCAACAAUGUGAUGUGCUCAACACAGCAGCCAACAACACGCACUACUCAUGCAGCGAAGAGCAUCCUUGGUGUAUUCGCUCGGGAGAGACAUUCUGGAGGCAAGUUGUGGAGCAAGGAAUCAUCGAAGUCGGAGGUGUUCUGUGUGGACUCAUUACAGGAACGGUAUUCCUGUAUGCAGCGUGCCAAUUUCUGCUCCGAGACCUUGCUCAUUCUAGCGCUGGUGGCAGAGUCAGCAGGUGCUAUGUGCUUCUAGAAAAGGCCAUAGCAGUGCCAGAUGUCCUAGCCUGCUUCGGCAUUAUUGUGUUCACUCUACUCCUGAUGCACGAUAGCGUCUUUGUAGCUUGCAUUUUGACACCUCUGGCCGGAGUUGGCAUGCUGCCAGCUUCCAAGAUGAUGUGCUGGGUCAUGGCAGCCCAAGUUGGAGAAUCCUUGGCGAUGAUUGCAAAGGGUGCGACGCAACAACCUUUUUCGAGGGGUGUCGUUCAGCUGGCCUGGGUACAGCUGUUUUGCAGUAUCCUUGCUAUCCUCAUUACAGCCUUGCCUUUCAUGAGAAGGCUAGCAUGCCAUUGCAGCUUGAUUUGCGCAACUGCUUGUCAUGAAUUUCUGGUCUUCGUGAGUAUUGCUGUUGUUGGAAUUCCAGCCAUUCUGGCUGGGAUUUUUGCGCUGACAGUUCUAUGGGAUUCCUCACCCUCGUUUACUGUAUGCAUUAUGCUUGUUGUCCUGCCACUGGUCAUAUCUGCAAUUGUUUGGAUUUGUUUGCGGUCGGAUUGGCUCUUGCCAGUCGAGGUGAGAGAAGAGGUUAGGGAAGAGUGCCAAACACAGACACCAAUGGCCAGCCCGGCUGGCCCCACAUUUUUGAGUUCUUUCUCUCCACAUGUGAGAUCUCCACCAAGCGGCCGAACACUUCCUGCGAAAUCACCUUCACCUUCACCAGCGCCAACAAGCCCUUUGAGCCCAAUGCCAAACUUGGAGAUGAUUGCAGAGGAUCGAGAGGAUCCAAUCGGAAAUGAAAGGAAUGAAAGGACAAUAGGACCAAAGAUCACAGCUCCCUUGCCAGUCAUGCCUGUGGUACCUCGAUCUUCGCGACCAAGUGGAGGCAGUGAUGAUACCUACAGCUCAGCAGAUGCCGGGAUUGUUACUAUGGCUGCAGACUGGACACCAGACAUCACUUCCAGACUAGGUCGAGCAGGCAUGACUCCUGUCCGAGCUGACAGUGACGAAUCAAAUGCUGAGCCAACACAGCUAAGUGAAGCAACCGGAGCAAAUCUGGAGCCAGAACAUGUUGAGCCAGAAGCACAAGGCUUUUGGCCUGGGCUUUGGAGACAAGAACGACAUGCAAUCUCCGCUUCACCGGAAGAUCGGGACCGGCCCUGCACCGGGCCUGGCAUCGGCUCGAACCAGCCAGGCUCCUGGGGGUCCAGUUUGCAAGUUCUCACCUCCAGGCUUCGUGUGAGUUCCACACCGAUUUCCGUUUGUGGCUCUGAAGAGAGCUGCUGACGUGACGAGCGUCCACGUAUGUCCACGUCUACAGGUCGCCAGGGCACGACAUUUGUGCA